UUGGUCCUUCUGCCAACAGGCGUCACUGUCUGACACAUGCGUUUGCCUUUCAUUUCUCACGCAUGCGCAGAAGUGAGGAGAAACAGUCAUGGCGGCGGCAGAGAAGCCCACGAAAGAAAAGCUUUUAUCCACUCUGGAUGAUAUUGAAGUUUUAUCCAGAGAGCUGAUAGAGAUGCUAGCACUGGCCAGGACACAGAAACUGCCCCAGCCUGGAGAGGACACACAGAUUCUGGAGCUGUUAGUGCAGAGAGAUAAAGAGUUCCAGGAGCUCAUGCAGACGGCGAUGGAGCAGGGCAGAGUUCACCAGGAGAUGCAGACGCUGGAGAAGGAAGUUGAGAAGAGAGACAGCGAUAUCCAGCAGCUCCAGAAACAACUCAAAGAGGCUGAGCAUAUACUGGCUACUGCUGUCUAUCAAGCCAAAGAGAAACUGAAGUCUAUUGAAAAGGCCAGAAAAGGGAGUAUCUCUUCAGAGGAGAUCAUCAAGUAUGCUCACAGGAUCAGUGCUAGUAAUGCAGUGUGUGCUCCUCUGAACUGGGUUCCAGGUGACCCUCGCAGGCCGUACCCUACUGAUCUGGAGAUGCGCAGUGGAAUGUUGGGAAAUAUGAGCAACAUGUCCACCAAUGGAGUGAACGGACACCUGCCUGGAGAUGCAUUGGCUGCUGGGAGGUUACCAGAUGUACUAACCCCACAGUAUCCUUGGCAGUCCACUGAUGUUUCCAUGGGGAUUCUGCCUCCUCACCAUGGCAACGAUUUUGGCCUGGAGCCACCUGGUCAUAACAAAGAAAAUGAAGAUGAUGUUGAGGCCAUGUCAACAGAUUCCUCCAGCAGCAGUAGUGACUCAGACUGAGUGUGUGUGUGUGAGUGUGUGUGUGAGUGUGAGUGUGAGUGUGAGUGUGAGAUAUGUCCACAGUAACUUGAGUUUGUCCACCUGAACAGCCUGAAAGGAAAGUAUGUUGUCUGCAUCAGUUUAUCUUGUCUCUGUGAUUGUGGAGAUCCGGAUGGCAACAUAAAAUGCCUUGAAGGGGACCAAACCUACACAGGUCCUCUCUUCAG